AUGCCGGAGAAGGUGUUCACAAAGUUUGAUGACCUGGAAAGGGAUCCAGUCUCUCAGAAAGUCGAAAAAAACGUACUUGAAUCUAUCCCGGUAGAGGAUGGGAAGAGAAAGAACCGGGUGAAGAAGCGGAAGCGCGACGAGCCAACCGAUGAAGCAGAGUCCUUAUCCCGUCGCAAAGAUGAAUCAGAUCAGAACGAGAGACCUGUUACAACACCUGAAGAAUAUAAAAUUGUCGUAGCACCCCAGCCGUCAAACAACAACAAAUCUGAAAAGCCCAAGUCGAGCUACAAGUCCAAGUCGAAACCCAAAACCCUCACCGACACAAAGACCAAUUUCUCCUCUCUACAAAAAAGGGCCAGUGCGCUGUAUGAACAGCGAAAAAAUCUGCCCAUCUUCGGAAAUGCCGACGAGAUUCGAAAGAAGCUACGUGAGCAAGAUGUCAUGCUCUUGGUCGGUGAAACCGGUAGCGGAAAGAGUACUCAGAUCCCACAGUUCCUGGUGAACGAGUUCUGGUGCCGACCGACACCCGCGAAAAUAAUACAAGAGGAUGGCUUAGAAAAGGCCAUUACAGUUGGUGGAUGUAUUGCGAUCACGCAGCCUCGUCGUGUUGCAGCCAUUUCACUGGCUCGACGUGUGGCGGAGGAGAUGGGAACCCCCCUGGGAUCCUCUUCGCCUGCUAGCAAGGUCGGCUACUCUGUGCGGUUCGACUCGUCUACGUCCCCGAGCACUCGAGUGAAGUUCUUGACGGAGGGAAUGUUACUGCAAGAGAUGUUGCAUGAUCCGUGGCUAACACGGUACAGCGCCAUUGUGGUCGACGAAGUCCACGAGCGCGGUGUGAAUGUUGAUCUGGUCGUCGGGUUUUUGCGCAACUUGGUCUCUGGAAAGCGGGAUGGCCGUGGAGGUGUUCCUCUGAAAGUUGUUGUUAUGAGUGCUACGGCAGAUAUGGAAAGUCUCAUGGGAUUCUUCCAGGAGGGAUUCAAGCUCCAAGAGAAAGAACCAAGGCUCAAAAUCAAAGAUGUGGCGCAUGAACUAACACAAGCCGAGGAGAGCAAAGGCAUCUCGGUCUGUCAUAUCAAGGGUCGGCAGUUCCCUGUCAAGACUAUCUACUCGCCAGAGCCAGUGCACGAUUUUGUGGACGCUGCUCUCAAGAUCAUUUUUCAGAUUCAUUACAAAGAGCCCAUGCCAGGUGAUAUUCUGGUAUUUUUGACUGGUCAGGAGACAGUUGAAGCUUUGCAGCAUUUGGUAAAUGAAUACGCCACUGGGAUGGAUCCUGCCCUACCCAAAAUCCAAGUGCUACCGCUAUUUGCAGCUCUUCCCCAGGCCGCCCAGCAGCGCGUCUUUAUGCCUGCACCACCUCGCACUCGCAAGGUUGUAUUGUCAACCAAUAUUGCUGAAACCUCAGUCACUGUAUCUGGAGUGCGCUAUGUUGUUGAUUGUGGCAAAGCCAAGGUCAAGCAGUUUCGUACGCGACUCGGUUUGGACUCUUUGCUAGUGAAGCCCAUCUCUAAAUCUGCUGCCAUUCAACGAAAGGGUCGAGCAGGCCGUGAGGCUCCAGGACAGUGCUUCCGUCUAUAUACAGAAAAGGAUUACCUAGCUCUCGAUGAGACGAAUACCCCGGAGAUUCUGCGGUGCGACCUGAGCCAAGCACUUUUGAACAUGAAAGCGCGUGGUGUGAAUGACAUUGUCCAGUUUCCCUUCUUGACGAGGCCACCGCGAGAGUCUCUCGAGAAAGCAUUACUUCAGUUAUUAAACAUUGAUGCUCUUGAUGAGUUUGGAGGCAUUAGUAAAACUGGCCAGAAAAUCGCCAAGCUACCUCUAACCCCCACACUGGGACGAGUGUUAUUAGCCGCCUCAGAUAACGGCAGCGAGUGUUUAACAGAUGUGAUCGACAUUAUCUCCUGUCUCAGUGUCGAGAACAUUUUCCAAAACACCACCUCCGAAGAAAAGAAGGAAGCCGCAGAAGCCGCUCGUCGGGAUCUGUACCGGCGCGAAGGUGAUCAUCUGACCAUGUUGGCAACAGUACGGGCCUACGCAGCCGAACAUGUUGACCGAAAGGCGUGGGCUGAGCGACACCUGGUCUCGCAUCGGGCUAUGCAAUCAGUAAUGGAUGUUCGAAAACAACUCCGCACUCAAUGUCGUCAGGCCAAAGCCCUACCGCGUGACGAGGAACUGGAUCAGAAUCGAGAUGCAAAUCCUGUCUUGAUCUUACAGAGUUUCCUCAGCGGUUUCGCGACUAGCACUGCUCGGCUCGUCCCCGAUGGUAGUUAUCGCUCGAUUGUUGGCAAUCAGACCGUUGCUAUUCAUCCUUCGAGUGUGCUGUUCGGAAAAAAGGUAGAGGCCAUUAUGUAUAACGAGUUUGUGUUUACAAAUCGCAGUUAUGCUCGUGGUGUGAGUGCUGUGCAGAUGGACUGGGUUGGUGAGGCCUUGGCUGGUUCAUCUUAG